ACUCUCUCUAUCUUCUCUGUGAUGGCGCGUGAAUUCCUUCGCUGAAAUGAUUUUCAUUUCCCUGUCGUCUCGAAUUUCGAAACGAAUCUGAUAACCGCCGCACGGUUCUCUGUCUGUGGAAGCCGAAGAUGUCUCUCUCCCUAUCCUCUUCUUCCGGCGCUGCUUCUGCUGCUGCUACGAAUUCUCCAUUGCGUUCUUCGUCUUCUUCUCCGGCGAUCGCUCCGUCUUCCUCCACGACGACAUCAUGGUUCUCCGGAAUCGUUCGCGGCCGCGGCGACAAACCCAACCCCGCGAAGCUAUCGAAAAGCGCAUCCGCGACGGCAGUAGGCGGAGGAAGCGGGGAUCACGGUGGACCCAUCAAAGGGAAGAACCAAUUCCGCGGAGUUUUGUUCAAAUACGGUCCCAAAUCAAUUCAGGUGGCUUUUAAGACGGGGGAGUAUAAACAACAAGUUAUAUUUAUCGGUGGAUUAACCGAUGGACUUUUAGCUACUGAUUACUUGGAACCUCUUGCAAUUGCUUUGGAUAAAGAGAAAUGGUCACUUGUUCAACUGCUCAUGUCGUCUUCUUAUUCUGGAUUCGGCACUUCUAGCUUGAAACAAGAUGCGCAAGAGAUUGACCAACUUAUAAGCUAUCUCAUCAACAAAGAGAACUCUGAAGGUGUUGUUCUUCUUGGUCAUAGCACUGGCUGCCAGGACAUUGUGUAUUAUAUGGGAACAAAUGCUGCAUGCUCCCGAGCCGUCCGAGCUGCAAUUUUGCAGGCACCGGUUAGCGAUAGAGAGUACAAAGCAACACUUCCUGAAACACCAGCUAUGAUAGACUUGGCUGCAAAUAUGAUAAAAGAGGGCCGAGCAGAGGAACUAAUGCCUAGAGAAGCUGAUCCUUGUGCUCCAAUAUCUGCAUAUAGAUACCACUCCCUCUGCGCUUACAUGGGAGACGACGAUAUGUUUAGUUCUGACCUUAGUGAUGAUCAAUUGAAAACUAGACUUGGUCAUAUGGCUAACACACCUUGUCAGGUGAUUUUCUCCAUGGGUGAUGAGUAUGUACCAGAUUAUGUCGACAAAAAAGCACUGGUUAAUAGAUUGAGUAAAGCAAUGGGAGGAGCAGAGAAAGUGGAGGUAGAGCAUGGGAAUCACUCUCUCUCCAAUAGAGUUCAUGAAGCUGUUCAAGCCAUUAUGAGUUUUGUUAAAAGAGAAGGACCCAGUGGUUGGGAUGAUCCUUGGAGCUAAAAUAUUCUUUUUUUCAAGAUAAUGAAAAUUCUACAAAUUCCAAUGAAUUAUAUUGACUUCUUGGCUGAUUCAUAGUCAUUUCUUAUCUAUCUUGGAUCACGAAAAGAGUCGUUUUUGACUUCUUGUCAUAUAAUCCCCAGAUUCUUUUGUUGCUUCAUCUUUGUCUGUAUAUAAAAUUAUCAUUGCCCUGUUCUAAUCAGAGAGCUAGUUACUC